UGCUUAUCAAACAAUUCAGCGCGCGAAAACAAAAUUUACGUGUUUGAUAAAAAAGUUGGGUGAUAAGCUUGAUAAGCCGAAGUUGCAAUGAUACACUUUAUAAUUUCAAUGAUACAAUGAUUAGAGGUAAUAGUAUUGUCAGCGCACAAUGCAUUCAUAUUGAUAAACUAACUAUUGUUUUCAUUUAUGUUUGCCAGGUAUAGCUGUAUUGAUCAACUUUCCCCCUACCUAGCUACUAGCCACCUGGUGUUUGAGUUGACCCGUCGCCACCCACGGGCACCAUCCAGUCCAUCCAUCCAUCUAUCUGAUGAUCCAUCUUUCCAUCGUCUUUUAGCCAGUCGUCUCCCACUACUACCGACCCCUGCCCUGCUUCUGAUCAUCAUCAUCAUAUGCGCGCUCGCCACCAAAGCUGACACAACAGUCCUGAUGAUUCUGAUCUCCCCAUCCGAUCCUCCACUCACCCAAACCCUAAACUCCAACUGCUGAAUCAAAGAUAAAAACAUAUACUCCACUCCGUAUUGCUGAAGAUCGAGAAGAGGAAAAGGAAAGAUGAUAGGCUGGAUCUGGCUCUUCAAAUGAUCGAGUAAGAAGAAGUAAAUUACCGCUGGCCAGGACUUACGUACGUACGUACUCUUCAUUAUUAUAAUAUAUUCCUAGCUGGCUAUAGCUUAGCUACAUCAGGCGUGCCUGCGAUUCUGCCAAAGCUUCAUCACUUAUCCAUCCAUCCAUCCAUCGAUCACUACAGAUCUCAGGUAUGGAUUCGUGUAAUGAUGGUAAAGUGGGCCUCCUGCAGCAGUGUUCAUCAAGCGGCGGAGAAGAGGAAGAAGAUGAGUACUACGAUGCAGCGGCGGCAGGGGGUGAUGAUCAGCCGACAACCCCAAUCACGACGGCGACGACUUUCUCGAACACCAUUACCCAGCAGCAGCAACAAAACUUGCUUUUGGUCUCGCCUUCAUCAUCAUCCUCCACUUCCCUACAGCAGCUCCAGGGCCAGUUUCUGGCCCAGUCACCGCCGGCUCUGUCUCUGUUCGAUCCCCAAGAUGACGGCGACGAUGAAGAUGAUGGCAAUAACUUUCCCCAAUCUCUCAAUUCCCACUUUCAUAAUCAUCAUAACAAUGACGCCGUGGGUGGUGGUGGUCUUGUUUGGCCGCCGCCGCCUUUGGGGUUGUUAAGAUCCGAUCAAUCGCCUCCUCUGUUGUUUGGUGGGGCGUCACAUCAUCAUCAGCACCAAGUGCUUGCUGAGAUGGCCAACAAUAAUCACAAUCAGAAUUUUGUCGCUCUGGGUCGUGGCGGGCCCGGUGAUUUAUCAUCUCCGCCGCAGCCGCAGCCGGCGGCGAAGAAGAGCAAUCCAAAGAAACGGAGCAGGGCUUCCAGGAGAGCGCCGACUACCGUACUCACUACGGACACCUCCAAUUUCCGGCAGAUGGUUCAGGAGUUCACCGGCAUACCCGCCGGGCCGUUCUCCGGCAGCGCCGGCGGGCUUUACUCUCGUCGCUUGGAUCUGUUUUCCGGCACGGCGAGGUUGUCGGCGUCGAUGACGACACCGGGAGGCAGAGCAAGGAGAGAAGAAGGAAUAUCUCCCACCAGCAACCCUUUGAUGCGGCGGCCCUCCUCGUUAUCCCAACAGCAGAAUGUAGGAGUCGAUAUGACGGCGGCGGCGUUCAUGCGACGGAAGCGACCUUCUCCUUCCAACACAAAUCUUGACGACGACGACGACGAGCUCAGGCCACCUCUGGGGCGGGAAAUUAAUGCGGGGGAAGAAGACCAAAUUGUACUGGCAUUCCAGCAGCCGCCGUUCUCUUACCGUAAUCAAUCCCCUUCUGGUCUGCUCAAUAAAAACCCAGCAGCCGGGAGCGGAGAUCAGAACGACGAUGAUCGGGUUUUCGGGUCGAUAUCAUCUCCUCCGGCGGCCGGAGACUAGGAUUAUUUUUUUAGAGUUUUUAUGUUUCCGGUCAGCACAGAUACAUGAUGGCCCACUGGCCCGGUGAUCGUGCGAUUAAAGUGCCACGUACUCUAUGCUGCUGCAGUGGUUUUGAUUUGACAUGUCGCCUUCAUUAACGAUUAGGCUUUAAUACGUGUUUAGUCCCUCCAAAUAUUACAAUCUUUGUUUAUCUUUUUUAUCCCUCUAAUAUCCACUAUUUUGAUUUUAGUCCCUCUGAUAUUCCAAAACCUCUUUACUUUGAAAAAAUUAUUGUGAGUUGCCUAG